AUGGCGAGAAGGGAAAUUUUCAUCUGCAUCGCUUUCACUGCGCUGGUAUUGGCCAACGAGGUCGAAGACGCAGAGCAAAAGAAGAGAGGCGCUAGUAAAGCGAACGUCCUAAAUGCUAUUCCAACGGGAGCGCAAAAACCCGAAUACACGUACAGCAUUUAUCCCCAAAACCCUCAACCAGCAUAUCAAAACCCAGUUUCCAACACGUUCUAUCCUAAUCAACCGAGUCAGUAUUACUCUAACUCAGAGGCCUCCCAAUCGCAUCAAGCAACCGUCCCACAGACAUCACAAUUCGUACCUAUAAAUUUCGUACCAAAUGGUGGUUAUCAACAGAAGUAUGUCGUUCAACAAAAACCGGCUCAUGGAGUAUUUUACCAGCCCCAAGCGAAACCAAAUUAUUCAACUCAGCCAGCAACUGGCGGUUCGCCGAAUGAGUACGAAAAAUUGAAUUCACAUCAAUCCGCUGCGCCUAAAGAAGACAGUGACGCCCAAACCGAUUAUAUUGCUUCUGACUCUAACAAUGUAUUUAAAAACUCUUAUAAUACGCGCAAUACAUAUACCAAAAUAUAA